AUGGCCAAAGACGACGAGCCCAAGACCUACCGCUACAACGAAACCCCCACCUACACUACCUCCAAUGGGUGCCCCGUCUUUGACCCUCAGGCCGCCCAGCGGAUUGGUCGUAAUGGUCCUCUGCUCCUUCAGGACUUCCACCUGAUCGAUCUGUUGGCCCACUUUGACCGCGAGAGAAUCCCCGAGCGUGUCGUCCACGCCAAGGGUGCCGGUGCCUACGGUGAAUUCGAGGUCACCGACGACAUCAGUGACAUCACCACCAUUGACAUGCUCAAGGGUGUUGGCAAGAAGACCAAGACCUUUGUGCGCUUCUCUACCGUCGGUGGUGAGAAGGGUUCCCCCGACAGUGCCCGUGAUCCCCGUGGCUUCGCCGUCAAGUUCUACACCGAGCAGGGCAACUGGGACUGGGUCUUCAACAACACCCCCGUCUUCUUCCUUCGCGACCCGGCCAAGUUCCCCAUCUUCAUCCACACUCAGAAGCGUAACCCCCAGACCAACCUGAAGGAUGCCACCAUGUUCUGGGAUUAUCUCUCCACCCACCACGAGGCCGUCCAUCAGAUCAUGCACCUCUUCAGUGACCGUGGUACGCCUUACUCCUACCGCCACAUGAACGGCUACUCCGGCCACACCUACAAGUGGAUCAAGCCGGACGGCACUUUCAACUACGUUCAGAUCCAUCUCAAGACCGACCAAGGAAACAAGACCUUCAACAACGAGGAGGCCACCCGCCUGGCUGCCGAGAACCCCGACUGGCACACCGAGGAUCUGUUCAACGCAAUUGAGCGCGGCGAGUACCCCUCCUGGACCUGUUACGUGCAGGUCCUCAGCCCCGAGCAGGCCGAGAAGUUCCGUUGGAAUGUCUUCGACCUGACCAAGGUGUGGCCGCAGAGCGAGGUUCCACUGCGUCGCUUUGGCCGCUUCACCCUGAACAAGAACCCUCAGAACUACUUCGCCGAGGUCGAGCAGGCUGCCUUCUCUCCUUCCCACAUGGUUCCCGGUGUUGAGCCCUCCGCCGACCCCGUGCUGCAGUCCCGCCUCUUCUCCUACCCCGAUACCCACCGUCACCGUCUGGGCGGCAACUACGAACAGAUCCCGGUGAACUGCCCUCUCCGCGCCUUCAACCCCACUCACCGUGAUGGUUACAUGAACGUUCACGGCAACUACGGUGCCAACCCCAACUACCCCUCUACCUUCCGUCCCAUCCGCUACGAGCCCGUCAAGGCCAGCCAGGAACACGAGAAGUGGGCUGGCUCCGUGGUCGUCGAGCAGCUGCCCGUCACCAGUGAAGAUUAUGUUCAGGCCAACGGUCUCUGGCAGGUCCUGGGCCGUCAGCCCGGCCAGCAGGAUGCCUUCGUUCACAACGUCUCUGUCCACCUCUGCGGCGCCCACGAGCGUGUCCGCAAGGCGACAUACGACAUGUUCCGUCGAGUCAACCCUGAUCUCGGUGCUCGCAUUGAGAAGGCUACUGAGGCCAACGUCAGCGCCGCCCGUGCUCGCUUGUAA